UGGACAAUCCGUGAAGGGGAAACUUGGAGCUCGAACAUCCUUCCACUUCUAUUCCGACUCCUUCUCUUCUUACAUUUCCUCCCUUAGACUUGAACGUCAAUUUCUGUACUAAAAAUGGAUUCUCUCAACGUCCCUAGAAAGCUCUGGGAGCAUUCCAAUCCGUCCGGUACAGAAAUGUACAGACUCAUGCAAGAGAUAAACCAGAAACAUCAUUUGUCACUGAAGACCUUUUGGGAAUUGUACCAAUAUUCGACCACCAAUAGAGCUCAAUUCUGGGACCAGGCGUUCCAAUUUCUCGAUUUUGUAUACAGCGGAUCCUACACAAAGGUGGUUGACGAGUCUGUUCGAAUAGAUUCCGUACCUCGAUGGUUCGAUGGCGUACACUUGAAUUUCGCUGAAAACUUGCUAUAUUCGCGGAUACCGGGUGAGCCAACAUCGAAGAGGGGAACAAUAGGGAAAGAGGACAAUAAGAUUGCGCUGACAGAAAUUCGGGAGGGAUAUACGGAAGUGAGAGAUGUAAGCUGGGGGCAAUUGAGGAGAGAAGUUGGGGUAUUGGCAAGUGCUAUGAAAUCACAUGGCGUGAAGAAGGGAGACAGAGUUGUGGUUGUUGCUAGCAAUUCCGUGGAUACUUUGAAAGUCUGGCUGGCUGUUACGACUCUUGGAGGUCUUUUCAGCAGUAGCUCAACGGAUAUGGGAGUUCAAGGAGUCCUGCAGCGAGCAUUGCAGGUUUCUCCGAAAUACAUCUUCAUGGACGACUUUACUGUGUACAAUGGAAAGAAGGUGGAUCUUCGAUCGAAAAUGACCGAGAUUGCAAAUGGAAUGAAAGAUGUUGCGGAAUUUGAGGGAAUGGUAUCGAUGCCUCGAUUUCAACAGCCGGUUGAUAUCAGCAAAGUGCCUCGAACCCAGACACUUGCGACCUACCUCUCGAAAGCGGCGUCGCAAAUACCAGAAUUCGAAAGAACAGCAUUUCACGAUCCAUUCUUCAUUGCAUACUCAUCUGGAACAACUGGUACACCGAAGUGUAUCGUUCAUUCGAUUGGCGGAGCACUCCUCUCCUCAGCAAAGGAAGGCAAACUGCAUCGAGAAAUGAAUGCUGACAGUGUGGCUCUGCAAUACACAACUACGGGCUGGAUCAUGUACUACGCAUCCGUUGCCAACCUACUAGCUGGGUCCCGUGUCGUGUUAUACGAUGGGAGUCCUUUUCAACCAGAUCUGACGACUUUUGUGAGGAUAAUUGGAGAGCAGAAAGUCACGAUGCUUGGUACAAGUCCCAGGUGGAUGCAUGAGAUGCAGAAGAACAAGAUUAUACCCAAGGAGGUCACAGAUCUGAGUCACUUGAAGUCAGUGACAAGUACCGGCAUGGUGCUGAGCGACCAGCUUUUCGAAUGGUUCUAUGAUGUGGGGUUCCCAAAGCAUGUACAUUUAGCAAACAUAUCUGGAGGGACAGAUCUGGCUGGAUGUUUUGGACAGGAAAAUCCUCUCACGCCAGUGUAUGUUGGCGGAACGCAAGGACCCAGUCUCGGAACUCCUGUCGCAGUAUACGAUUCCCUGGUAGAAGGUGGGAAGGGAAUUUCAGGCGCACUCGUCGAUCACGGCACUCCAGGAGAGCUCGUAGCCCCUGCUGCUUUUCCCAACAUGCCAGUAUAUUUUUGGAACGACUCUGACGGCUCUCGAUAUUUCUCCGCUUACUUUGAGAAAUAUGAUAAUGUGUGGACCCAUGGAGAUUUCGUGAUGAUUCACCCCACUACGAAAGCACUGGUCUUCCUCGGUCGAGCUGAUGGAGUCCUAAACCCCAGUGGUGUGCGAUUCGGGAGUGCGGAGAUAUAUUCGGUGAUCGAGGACAAAUUUCCUGGAAUUGCGGAUAGCAUAUGUGUUGGGCAGAGGAGACCUCAGGAUACCGACGAGAGUGUGAUGUUGUUUUUGAUGAUGAAGCCGGAUGAAAAGUUCAGCUCAAGGCUGGUUAAUGAGGUAAAAAGUGCGAUUCGCAAAGAGUUGAGUGCAAGACAUGUGCCUAAGCAUGUAUUCGAGACGCCUGAGAUACCUACAACAGUAAACUUGAAAAAGGUUGAGUUGCCAGUGAAGCAGAUCGUCUCUGGCAAAAUCAUCAAACCAAGUGGGACGUUGUUGAAUCCCAAGUCACUAGACUACUACUAUCAGUUCGCCAAGGUGGAGGAGUUGGUCGGAUCAAAGAGUAAAUUAUAGAGACGAAUAGACUUUUGACACGCUUUCCCUACUCUUGGCCUGGAGGCUCACUGCCGCAAAGACCAUCCUCGAG